GACAGAUUUAUUAAAAUAGAAUAAUGGCCAAUACCACAGUUGUACUAGACAAUGGUGCGUACACGGCUAAGGUGGGACUUGCCAAUGAGGACGAACCGCAAGUGAUUCCUAACUGCAUUAUGAAGGCAAAAAGCGAGCGACGCCGCGUCUUUGUGGGCAACCAAAUUGACGAAUGCCGCGAUACAUCUGCACUUUAUUACAUAUUGUGUUUUCAGCGCGGUUAUCUCCUCAAUUGGGAUACCCAAAAAACGGUUUGGGAUCAUAUUUUUAGCAAGGAUGGCAUCGGUUGUUCGCUGGAAAAUCGAAGCAUCGUGAUAACAGAGCCGCAGAUGAAUUUCCACAGCGUUCAAGAGGCCAUGCUUGAGAUGCUGUUUGAAGAGUAUCGCGUAGCAGGCCUUUACAAGACGACGUCUGCUGAGCUGGCCGCCUUCAACUAUGUGGCGGACAGUGAGGAGCGCACCACAAUGCAAUCACUAAAUUGCAUUAUUAUCGAUGUCGGAUAUAGUUUCACACAUGUUGUACCCUUUGUGUUGGGCCGGCGUGUGCUGGAGGGUAUUCGUCGAAUUGAUGUCGGUGGAAAAGCACUAACUAAUCACCUGAAAGAACUGAUUUCGUAUCGCCACCUCAACGUCAUGGACGAGAGUCAUGUGGUUAACCAAAUAAAAGAGGAUGUUUGUUUUGUGGCCGAAGACUUCAAAAAUGCAAUGCGUGUGCAUGAGUGCGACAAGAAACGUAAAGAGAUUGCCGUUGACUAUGUGCUUCCUGAUUUUACUACAUGCAAGCGUGGCUACAUUCGUAUGCCGGGCCAGCCGCGAGAGGAAGAGGAACAUCAACAAAUGGUACCAUUGUGUAAUGAACGCUUUACAGUGCCGGAGCUGCUUUUCAAUCCCUCAGACAUUGGCAUUCAGCAGGUGGGCAUUCCAGAGGCCGUCGUAGAUGCUUUGAAAGCGUGUCCCUGGGAAGCACAUCGUGAGUUGCUGCUUAACAUACUAAUUGUGGGCGGCAGCGCCCAAUUUCCUGGAUUCCUACCAAGACUUAAGCGAGAUUUGCGUUCCUUAGUGCCAGACGAUUUAGAAGUGUCACUUAUAUGCCCCGAAGAUCCUGUUCGCUAUGCUUGGUACGGAGGCAAAGAAGUGGCAACAAGCGUCAACUUUGAAGAAUUUGUUUAUACACGGGAGGAAUACGACGAAUAUGGUAUACAUGGGCUACAUCAGCGAUGACCGCAAAACUGGUUCACGUCAUAUUGUAUGAAUUGGAAAUGCAAUUUUAAUUAUUGAGCUCUGAGUUUGUGGGAAAACUUCGUAUUUAUUUUCAACUAUAUAUUUUAACGCAUGU